AACCCAGAAAUCCAGUGCUGAACGCAUGAACAAAGAUUAUCUACUACGUACGGAGUACUCGACAACAUAUGGGAUUUUACUUUUGUGGGGCGUUCCGCUACGAUACAUAUGGAAGAAACUCGAAAAGGACACUGUAUAGACAAAUCCUAUCGGUCCUAGAUCAUUAUCUCAUGUUGAUGACAACAAAAAGCCGGUCGGUAGAAUUUCUAUGAAUAAUGGUAAACGACUCGAACGUUCUUUUUCCUGGGCUGUGGAGUGCUGCGGUGAAGUUUUUUUCUCUCGUCUAUCUAGUGUAUGGGUCGGAAGGGUUACCGGGGCAGCCUAAGGCUGUGAGGCUGACUAUAAAAACCCCCUUCCCGCCCCAAAAAUCUUUUCUUCUUCAUGCACCUCAUCAUCCUCAACAUCCUCCUGUUGAGCCCGGCACACACCAUGCCCCCCACUGCAUUCCUUUGGAAUUUUAUGUGAUUUCACUUGGAACAUGCAACAGCUGGAGGGUAUUCGAAUGUUCCUCGGAUUCUGCAUCAUUCUUGACCUGUUUCCGCUGCGCAAGUCAAUGAAUGAUGCGACUAACUCAAUGGUAAGCUACCAUUAUUCCUUUUUUCUAUCUGCUUCAUGACCAACGGCCCUUUCCCCCCGGGCUCUUAUGAUGAAAACUUUUCCUACAUUC